UCUCUCUCUCUCUCUCUCUCUAUCCAGCCAUGGCCGACGAGCCCCUCGACGCCGCGGCGGCGGCGGCGGAGGCGGAGACCCCCGCCACCGCCGCCGCUGCCGCUGCCGCCUCCCCGGCGCUCCUCCUCCGGCCGCGGCGGGUGGCGUUCGAGCACGGGCUCCUCCCGAUCCCCAAGCUGGUGUUCCCGGAGGGCACGCUGACGCAGACCCUGGCCCAGACGAAGGAGCGCCUCAUCGCCGCGGCUGGGGGAGACGGAGACGCCUCCGCGGCCCCGCGGGUGGGCGCCGCGGCGCUCGCGGAGGCGCUGCAGAUCCCGCGGGAGCUGGCGGCGCUGGUGCUCGGGACGCUCGCCGCGGUGCUCCCCGCGGAGGAGGAGGCGGAGGACGCCGACCUCCGCGACGUGCUCCUCUUCCUCUACAUCCAGUCCUACAAGCGCCUCGUCCCGCGCGCGCACAAGGAUUCGCCCGCGGUCACCGACGUGUGGCCCUCCACCUCCGCCUUCGAUGGCUACCUCUCCGCGCUCUCCCCGAUCCAGCUUGUACGCAGUAACAGUCGCCGGUUUAUGCCUUCACAAGCAGAUGAAGAAGCUCAUCAAUUAUCUUAUCUGCAAAAGCAUAUGGUCAACAUUCUGAGUCUUUUGGCAGAUUCUGUUGAUGGAGAGGGCGAUGAGUCUAUGGUAUUGACAGCAGAGACAUUUGAGCAUCUCGGAUUUUUAUUUCAGUUUUCUGAAGGGACUCCUUUAAGCCAAGUGGCUACAUUUUUUGCAAAUUCUGAUCCAGACAUGCCUGCUGCACCUGUUCCCGCUGCUCAGGUUCAUGAUUGGAUUCUGCAGAAUAUAGCUGCUUCAUUAGAAAAUACAGCAGAAAAAUUGACAGCAAAGGAAAACAGCCAACAGAGUGCAUCUGAUCCUGAUGUGACAAUGGCUGAGGCUGUCACAAAUUCAAGAAUUCAUAGCAGUUCACCAACUGGAACUGCUGUUCCAAACAAUCAAGGACACUACCGAAAUACAACUUUCCUGGAGGGUUUCUCCAAAACUUCUGUAGUGAAACAAGCAUCAGAUAUCAAAGGGCAUUCAAUAAAGGUUUUGAACUGCCAUGACUCUGUUAUCUACAUAUUAGCUCCUGUUAAAUAUGCCACUGUCUAUGGGUGUUCUGACACUACUAUCGUUCUUGGUGCUGUUGGUAAGGUGGUAAAAGUGGAGCAUUGUGAACGAGUGCAAAUCAUUGCAGCUUCAAAGCGAAUUUGUAUCGCCAAUUGUCGUGAAUGUAUCUUCUACUUGGGAGUAAAUCACCAACCGCUUAUUGUGGGUGACAACCAUAAAUUACAAGUUGCUCCAUUCAAUACUUAUUAUCCACAAUUGGGAGAACAUUUGGUGCAAGUUGGUGUGGAUUCUAACAUCAACAAGUGGGACCAACCUUUUGUGCUGGGAGUUGUUGAUCCACAUGAUUCAUUAUCUCAUCCUGCAGGGGUUUCUGAUGUCCAAGCUGAAUCUGCUACUUGUCUAGAUCCUGAUCUAUUCACCAACUUUUUGAUUCCCAGUUGGUUUGAGGCACAAGGACCUACAAAAUAUAAUCCAUUUACAUUGCCUGAAGUUUAUUGGGCAUCCCAAAGGAAAAAGCAUGUUUCUCUGGAAGAUAUUCAAAAGAAUAUCCGAGAAUUGGAGCUUGAUGAUACUCGGAAAAAAGAAUUGGCAUCUGCCCUUCAUGCCCAAUUCAAGGACUGGCUAUACGCUUCAGGAAAUAUCCGCCAGCUCUACUGUUUGCAAGGGGAAUAAAAGCAUCUGGCUUUCUUCAACAUUCAUUCGCAUGUGCUUAUAUGCUCCUUGAAGAUUAUGUACCUUCACCCGAUUCCCUUCAACUCCGUCCAUCCAACCGCAUUGUCCAAGCUGACUCUCCAACUGAGCCUGAUCCACCUGUUCUUCAAGCCAUUGUUGUUUUCUUUUUAGGGAAGAAUGUAAAGAAAAAGCGCGAUGCCUAUUUUUGCCAAUUAAUUUUGAUCAUUCGGUAUGUGAUGAUUGGUGGAUGGACUGCACCUUGGGUUUUUGUUGUUGUCUUUAUUUAUAUAUCCUCGAUAAAAUUUGCGAGGAUGAAUAGGGAUUACUCCUUUUCUUUUGAAAAUAAACAUUUUUUUCGCUUAUCUGAUGAGGCCAUAUACUGUAUUUGUACUCUUUAUAUCUGGGAGAAGAUUGCAGCCAGAUGUGCAUC